AUGAAUGCUCUCGCUAAAAAACUCGGUCUCGAGCCUACCCUUAGAUUCUAUGAUGUGUAUUCUCUCGAUGAUGAGGAAUUGCUGGCGUUGAUCCCGAGACCGGUCUAUGCGCUAUUGGUUAUUCUGCCUUUGACGAGGGCGUGGGAUGAGGAACGGAGGAGAGAGGAUGAGGGGAGGGAGAAGGAGGGGGGAGUUGGUGGACCUAUCCUCUAUUUCCCGCAAACCAUCGGCCACGCCUGCGGUUCUAUCGGUCUCUUACAUUGUCUCCUAAACGGGCCCGCAAAAGCCCACAUCCUACCCAACUCAAUAUUGGCACGUAUCCGCGAGACCGCCAAUCCGUUAGAUGUAAACGCGAGGGCGCAGCUACUCUAUGAGGAUCGGGAGUUUGAAGAUGCACAUCAGAGUGUAGCCGAAUUAGGGGAUACCAGGGCGCCAAGCGCGGAGGAUGGUGAUAGACUAGGACAGCAUUUUGUCGCUUUCGUGAAAGAGGACGGCCGACUUUGGGAAUUGGAAGGUAAUAGGAAACGGCCACUAGACCGCGGCGCCUUGGCUGAGGAAGACGAUGUCUUAAGUCCUCGCGCGCUGGCGCUUGGGCUUAAGAGGGUUAUAGAUCUGGAGCUGAGAAGUGGAGGCGGGGAUCUGAGAUUUAGUUGCAUUGCGCUUGCGAAGGCGGAGGGGGUGUGA